AUACGGUCACUUGGGGCGCUCGCUGCACGAUUGUUGCUGUUGUAGUGUUGUUGAUCAGGGCGCUGUGCUGAGACAUUGUUGAAUCGCAGACUCGUUUCUUACGUGAAAACACGCAUCUGCGGCUUAAUUUUGCGUUUCCGCUUGAGUCCGCCGAAUGCGCAGUCACAUAACAAACUUACGACUCAGCCGGCGCGGCGUCUCUUGCCUCACGUGACUCGUCACAACUCCGUCGGUGGUGUUAGUUGCCGUUGGUGUUAUUGUCCCGGAUCGUGUGGCCCGCGUCGUCGAAGAUGCAGCGGCCCAUCGACGAGUACCGUCAGCCGUGGGAGAGCAAGGAGCACUGGGAGUUGCGGCGCGAGUUCAUCGUUGCCAACGAGGGCCGGUUCAGCGAGAACCGGGUGCUGUGCCUGGCGCAGGCGUUCGCCAACGUGGAGCUGCUGGGAUGCACCUACCCGGCCGCGGUCAUGGCACAGGUGAACGAGCUGGCCAAGAACGUCUCCUCCUUGUCGGUGGUGCAGGAGAAGCGGCGCGAAAACAGCCGCGUUCUCUUCGUCAAGGGCGAAGACGACGACGCGAAGAGGAGGAAGGCGUCUUCGUUGGGCACCUACACCCGCGCGCCACGAUACGACGACCAGUCACGUAUGCGCGCCGCGGCGUUCUUUCGGCGUUAGAAAGUGUGAGGACGCUGACUGCGCGAGGCUGUGUACAAGCGCUGACAAGAAGGCAAUCCAGUUAUUGUACCGAGCUAGUGACUCGAGCUUAGGUUGUGACUUGCUCAGUUGCGCGCGCGAAUGUCUGCGAGAAGUGCCAGCUUUAGAUUACUUGUAUCGGUGUUUGCACGACAGACCGAAGCUCAUUGAACUGACGAGUCGUCUUUUUUGUUUUUUCAUUGGUACAAUAGUAAUUCCUGUCAUCACGGUGUGACCAUAUCUUUUGGUACGAACAUGUUCAUUGUUUCGAGUUUGUACUUGGGGCAUCACAUAGUUCACGCAGCAGGUGCUGACCAGCGUGUUUGUACACCUAAUUGUAUCUACAUGGCGAUUCUGCUGCCCCAUUACCCACUGUCAGCAUCUUCCAUAGAAAAAAACAAGUGCCAUCACAGUCAGCUUGCAAAUUUCCUGCUCCAAAAUUUACCUUCUCUGCACCUCGCAUCAGUUGCGUGUUAUAGCUUCAAUUUGCCUGCACUGGCUGAACUAGUUUAGCGAGUGCAUCAUUCUAAGUUUUAAAUUUUUUUUUUUGCACUUGACUGCACAGUUGGCCUUUAAGCUGGCCAAGACAGCAUUAUACAUCAAAUGCUAGUUGUUGCAAGACCAAUAAAUGUUUAAAAAAACAUACAAUUUCCAUGCAUUUUUAUUUUUAGCCCAGUACCGUGUCAGUGUUGUGGCAACUGCUAUGCCUUCCUUGUUCAAUUCUAAAAAUUAUCAGAUUUUUGUUAGGUUGUGAAAUAGGGAGUGCUAGGACAGGGAAAACAUGAAUGGAAAUUUUGUUCCACUGUCCAUUAAAGCCAUACAUGCCACAGUGUGCUGGCAGUAUACCAUACUUGA